AUGUCGGCUAUAAAACACUAUACUGCACUUCAGAAGUCCAUUCUCAGAGCCCUUGCAGAGCAAGUAUGCGCAACGAUCACUCCCCAGCAAUCCGUGGAGCAACUGACAGAAAACCCCGUCAUGUUACAUGGGUACGUCUCCAAGAUACGUAUCAAUUGGCUAGAUAUUGCACAAAGACUGGGGCAGGCGCGUGCAAGCGUCUACCAUUGGUACAACGAAACACAUUUGCGGCACAUAUCGGGGGUCAAAAUGUCCAGCGAAGACAAGGAUUUGGUAAAGGCCGCCAUAUCUAGCGCCAUAGACUCGGGAGACAUCUAUAAGAAGGGGUUCUACAUGCGCAUCAGAAACAUGUUUGCCGAGAAGUACUCCAGACAAGAAAUAAUGAUGCAAUAUAACAACCUCUUGAGGAGCAAAGAAAUACGAAAAAUUCUGCACUCAAAACGCAUCGACUUUACCGAAGUGCGAAGCAAAGCGUGGCGGGAGCAGAAGCACCUGAAGACUGUUCCGAGCGUAACAACAGAGCCGUACAAGGAGAGUGUGUCCUUUGGCAACGCACCAGCAGUUCACGUUUGCCUUCCGUCCAGUCAGAGUAAUGUGCGGGCACCCGCAACACCAGCUAUAUCUUUGAGUGUGGAUGCUGCACAUGCACUAUGCGAGGCGCCACAAUACUUUUACGUGCCACCCAUGACAACAGUCAGGUGCAUGUCGGCUUCUUCACUGGCCAGAAACGGAGGUUGGGGCUUCCGUGUGCCAUCAGCACCGAUCGUGUUCAACAUUCCUGACUCGUCCUGGAUGCCGAUCCAGUCCACAAUUCCUCAAUGGAGUGCACAGUAUCUUCCCAAUAUGGCGUGGAUACGGAGUGCUACAGACGCAGAUGCUAAGAAUGACAGCAGGGAUGAUUUUAUCAAGCCAGCUAAUAGGGCGUAG